AUGGAGUACAAUGACGAGCUAUGGGGAAGGCAUCGACGAGCCGUUCACGCGAUAUGUGAGAGUAUGAGGCAGGCUACUCGGGAUCAAUUAGGCCUCAGUCUUGCGCAGAAAGUACCCUGUAGUGCCCCCAGUCAGCUCUUGGGCCUCAACCAGGUAGUAGAGAUCGAUCGAGACAGAUUCAUCGCUUCGGUCGAGCCAAAUGUCACCAUGGAGGCGCUAGUUCAAUUGACGAAGAUGGAAGGGCUGAUCCCCACCGUAAUUGCUCCUUCGAGGGCCACAACUAUAGCGGACGCUUUUGCCACUGCGACUUUCGGAUCUUCGUCUUUCCAGUUCGGGACUUUUGAUUGCGCAGUUUUGUCUCUUGAGGCUGUCCUUCCUGAUGGACAGUACGUCAUGGCAAAGCUCGGUGAUGGUGAUGAUGCAGAUCGGCUGUUCGAAAUUUUAGGCGCGCCGGACAGCCCUGCCCUAAUCACACUACUAGAAAUUGCGCUAACCCCAGCGUGGGGUUAUGUCGAGAUGACCUACUGGCCCGUCUCUUCGGUAUCGGGCGCAAGGCUCCGAAUGGAGCCUAAAGGACCCAACUCGCUAAUUCUCGAUAGAGCGGCGGUGGAUGAAUCUACCGACUUCGUGGACAGUGUCAUGUUCGACUGGUCCUCGGGUGUUGUUGUCACUGGGCGGCUCACGCCCGCAGCAGAUCGUAUCCACAGCCGCUUUGGGAAGAAGCACACAUUUGUGCAACAUGCCAAGUCGAUUUGUAGCGCACUACGGUAUAAACAUGAAUCAUACGUUGAAACGGUUCCACUGGAAAUCUAUCUUUUCCGGUAUUCUGACUGUCUUGCAGCACCAAUGCGAAUAAAAAGACGCUCUGGCGGCCGCAGAGACUAG